AUGCUGCGAUACUGGGGCGAGAUCCCGGUGUCGCCUAACCAGGCCAACCGCAGCUCCUUCGACCUGCUGCAGCGUGAGUUCCGCACUGUGGAAGUCCAGGAUCCUCCGUUGCAUCAGCCGUCUGCCAACAAACCCCGGCCCACCACCAUGCUGGACAUCCCCUCGGAGCCCUGCAGCCUCACCAUCCACACCAUCCAGCUCAUCCAGCACAACCGCCGCCUGCGCAGCCUCAUCGCCAUGGCUCAGGCCCAAAACCAGCAGCAAGCCGAGGGCAUAAAAACUGAAGAAAACGAACCUCUGCCGCCUCGUCCCGCCUCCCCACCUCUCCCUGAUGACCUGCUUCCUCUGGAUAGCAAGACCCCCAAAAUGCCGUUCCAGCUGCGGCACAGUGACCCCGAGAGUGACUUCUACAGAGGAAAAGGCGAGCCAGUGACUGAGCUGAGCUGGUCCUCCUGCCGGCAGCUUCUCUACCAGUCCAUGGCCACCAUCCUGGCUCACACAGGCUUCGAGUGUGCCAACGAGAGUGUCCUGGAGACCCUGACGGAUGUCGCCCACGAGUACUGCUUGAAGUUCACCAAACUGCUGCGCUUUGCUGUGGAUCGAGAAGCUCGCCUGGGGCACACCCCGUUCCCUGACGUCAUGGAGCAGGUCUUCCACGAGGUGGGCAUUGGCAGCGUGCUCUCUCUGCAGAAGUUCUGGCAGCACCGCAUUAAGGAUUAUCACAGCUACAUGCUUCAG